CCGAGCGUGACGCAUCUGGCCUCCGAACCGUUCGUCAAAGAUCCGCGGUCUUGGCGAAGCUGUGGCUGAAUUGGGAAAAUGCCACCAAAGACCAAACAGACACAACACAACAGCCGAUCAACAAACUAUCUAUUAGUUGUUAGUUGCAAAGAGGACGUGUUGACCUCGGUACUUCAAAGAGUUGCCCUUUAGCCGGCUGCUUCAGCAUAAGAGGUUCUUUGUUUCUCGGCAGGCUUUAAUUUUGCCAAAGAUUCCCCUUGCUAUCCUUCAGAUCCAAAAGAUACCGGUACCAACUAGCUAGUAUCCUUUUACUUUAGCUUAUAUUCAGCCGCCAUGUCGUUAAUCCAACCAACUAUCCGCCGAUUCCCCAAGGAUGCCGACACUCUGGCUGAUUCCAAUCUUCCGUUUUCGUGUGUUUUGACACCCAUGAAAACAACAGUCUCUGUGGAACUGGAUCAAACGACUAAACUACCCAAGAAACCAACAGCCAAUGCUCAUCACAAUUAUCCUUUAUUGGCUUCGAUACCCAAAUGCAUGCAAUGUGGAGCUCCUCAUCCAACCAAAGAGACCCACUUUUGGCCAUCUCCCUAUUCCAUGUCUGCCGAUGCAUCCCCUUCGUUCCUCUUGUGCUAUCUAUGUGGAGGCAAAACUACCAUUGAUCAGUUACCCCCGUAUUCCGGUUCUGGUGAUUCGGUGGAUCAUCAGUCGCCACGCAUUUAUCAACUUCCACUUCUCACUACGCCCGAAGCCACCUAUUGGUCAUUACCUGCCAAAGUAUGCCCCCCUGUCUGCUGGUUCUUGCUGGAUGGAUCUUGUACCCAUCGAUCCUAUUGGAACACCAUGGCCCAUCUCUUGCCACAAGUGCUGGAAGAUAUUCCUCCACAUGUUCACGUGGGAAUCUUGUUGGCAGCCACUGUACCCUCGUCGGGAUCGGAAGAAACGGCAACAACUUUUUCGUACAUGGAUUUGACCAGUCCAAUGCCACACAUGCUCCAAUACGUACAGUACGAAGACGAAGAAGAUGAUGACGACGAUGAUGAUGACGACGACAACGGCCAACUAUUUGAAAAUGGGGGUCUCUUGGAUCGAAUGGCAUUGGUGCCGGCCGAUUCCUUGCAUUUACCCAAUAUACACGCCGCCAUUCGAUCCUUGGUGGACUAUGAUCCCUCCCAACUCACCACCACACAGCAGGCAUACACGGUCAGCAUGCCACUGGGAAAAACCAUUGAAUCCGUUCUGGAUUACAUGGAUCGAGCCCAUCAUCCGGGACAAACGGACGAUAUAGCGGACGAGUCGGAAAAAGAGGACGCGGCUUCCUCCUUCUUGGAGGAUCAUAUACUCUAUGCUGGUGGCAAAAUCAUGUCAUUUCUAGCCAGUUGUCCGACGGAUUUGCGAGGCGAGGAUUGGAGGCCCCUCACGCGAAAGUCACUGCCACGAACCACAGUGGGAUUGGGAGGAUUUGGUGGAGUUGUCCAAAAGGAUGCUGCUUCCCCAGCUGCAGAAAAGGAGGAUGUCACAAAACCAAGCACGAAUGGUAUUAGCAAUCGUAUUAGCGAAAAGAAGGCCAAAAAGAAACUGUUUCUUCGAAGGCAUCUUCACGACGAGGAAACGGGCAUUCGUACGUCAGCAACGGGUGAUGAUGAUGAUGAGGAGGAAGAUUUGGAUACAGACAUGACUCCUUCGAGCUUGUUGGAUUAUUACCGAGCUCCAGAACAUGUGGAAGCUUACUUUACCGAACUUGGCACGCAAUGCGCCGAGUCAGCUUUGGGCGUAGACAUCUUUGUCCUCGUACAACCCAACGAUGAUGGCUGUGAGGACAGUGCUGAGUUGGAUGUUGGACUUCCCUUUUUGCGUGGAUUGUCUGAUCGCAGCGGUGCGCCGGGGCCUCUGGUGUUCCCAGUUCACCAGGGUUAUGCCACCCCGAUUUCGAACAAUCCAGAUAUCCAACGACUGAAGCGAGAAGUUUGUGCCAGAGCCCCGUGGGGCGCAUACGACGGUGGCGAGGUGGAAUCUGACGACAAACCUGCCGGUGGUGCUUGUCAUCAGCCCAUGGCUUUUGGCGGAGAACUGCGUUUACGGCUUUCUCCUAGCUUUGAGGUUGACAAGUCGCCGGUGGAUGAAGUAGACGAAGGGCCUCAGUUGGCUCCAUUGUACUCCAGUGGAGGGAUCAUGGGGCCGGCAUCCGAAGAAGAAGACGUCGGGAACCUCUGGCGAAUGGGAACAUGCGACCCGUUUACUGCGCUCUCGGUCGACUUGGAUAUGAAAAAGAAAGAAGCAAAAGAUAAACUGAAAGUCGACGGUAUGGGAGAGAUCAAUUGGAAGCCAGUCAUGCAAACCUGCUUCGCUUACACAGCCAUCGUUAAAGACCCAGAACAACCGGGCGAGUACCUUGCAGUUCGCCAGAUGAGAAUAGCCUGUGUGCGCACUCCUUUGACGGAUGAUGUGGAAACACUAUAUUCUUCAAUGGACCCCGAUGUUAUUGGGUCUGUUCUUUACCACAAACUCACCUUAACCUUGUUACGAGACGGUCUCUCGAUGGCUCAGACCAUUGGCGAGGAUUGGUUGAAGUCCCUUCUCGUCUGCGCUUACCAAUCUGCCGAAACGGAAGAACUUCUUCAACGCGAGCAAGCCGAGAAGGGCCUCUCAAAGUACGACAGUAACAACGACAACACGACUCUGACUUUCUAUGCCAACGAACGACUUUUGGAUAGAGAAGGCGAAUUGUCGGCAGAAGAUGUUCUACUGGGCCAGGGCCAUGAGCUGAUCAAGACUUUGCCGCUCAUAGUCUAUUCUCUUCUCCAUUGCGACGCGAUUCGCCCUUCGACGGCAUCUUCCAAGAUGAACGUGACUACAUCAUCAUAUCUUCCCACGACGGAUGCGCGAUGUGCAGCGGGUGCGCAAAUGUCGUCAAUGACUCCCCCGACCAUGUCGAAAUGCAUAGCUCCGAGGCUUCAAUUGUGGUCUGCAGGUGAAGGGAUGAUAUUGGACAUGGUGGACUUGAAAAUGGAGGCCGUCGUCCAAUCCGUAGGAGAAUUUGGUUUUGAAGCCAAAACUGGAAAGCCACGACCUGACUUGGUAUUAUUUUUGGAUGCUCCCGAUUGCAUCGUAGUUUGCGAUGCUAGUUAUGUUAGCAGCGGUCCUUCCCCGUCAUCAAAGAAGAACAAGAAGACGUGCAUUGGGCCUUUGCUUGACAACGCCAUCAAAGCUGCUGUUCGAAGCUACAGAACACCACCCACAAUCAUUUACGAUUUUGACGAGCCUGAUAGCCAGCAGGAUCCUCUGGAGAAGCGGCCAGGAUACCGUCGCUUGCUGGCCUCGCUUGUGGAAGACCAGCCAGGGAACAAUGGCGCGUCAAACUUCAAACAGUGGGGAGAGAACCUGGCCGAACAGAUUCAUGAGGAGCUUGAGAAGGAAGAUGAUUGAAGACUGCCUGGGAGCGAUAUGUCAGGAACGAUUGUAAGAUUGCGAGGUGCCUUUGCAGGGACGCAUUCUUGCCGUUGUAGUGUGGUUCAGCAUACUAGUCCAUGCUAGCAAGCGGCAACAACUCCAUUGAGGCUGCUACAAUUUCAUCACUGACUAUAAAACGAUCUUAGUAACUUAACUAUCGCUAGCUUUUAGUAACUUAACUGUCGCU